GGGUGACUUCUGGUCUCUCUGUCCUGCUCCAGUAACUGGAGGCACAAGAUCCUUCUUCACCAGCCUCAACUUCAUUUCUCAGAAGGUCUGGGCUGCAUUCUGCUGCUACCGCCAUGGCACCCAAAAAGAACAAGGCGACCAAAAAGAGUAAAGGAGACAUAAAUGAAAUGACCAUAAUGGUUGAGGACAGCCCCAUCAACAAGAUCAAUGGGUUAAACACUCUGUUAGAAGGAGGAAACGGCUUCAGCUGCAUUUCAACUGAAGUUACCGAUUCUGUGUAUGCUCCAAAUCUCCUGGAGGGUUUGAGCAACAUGAGACACGAGAGCUUCCUCUGUGAUCUAACAGUCGCCACCAAGUCAAAGUCAUUUGACGUCCACAAGGUUGUCAUGGCUUCUUGCAGCGAGUACAUUCGAAACAUCUUGAAGAAGGAUUCAACCCUCCAAAAGAUCGACCUAAACGAGCUCUCACCAGUCGGCCUUGCCACUGCAAUUACAUAUGCAUAUUCUGGAAAGCUGACCCUGUCGCUGUACAGCAUCGGCAGCACUAUUGCCGCAGCCAUGCUGCUGCAGAUCGGCACCUUAGUGAAGAUGUGUAGUGAUUUCCUCAUGCAGGAGCUCAGCGUGGAGAACUGCAUGUAUGUGGCCAAUAUCGCUGAUGCCUACGAGCUCAAAGAAACCAAGGAGGCAGCUCAAAGGUUCAUGCGGGAGAACUUCAUCGAGUUUUCUGAGAUGGAGCAGUUCUUGAAGCUCACCUAUGAGCAGAUCAGUGAUUUCCUCACCGAUGAUUCCCUGCAGCUCCCCUCCGAGGUCACAGCCUUCCAGAUCGCCAUGAAAUGGUUGGACUUCGACGAGAAGAGGCUCAAGUAUGCGGCAGAUCUCCUAACUCACAUCCGCUUCGGCACUGUCUCUGCCCAAGACCUGGUGAAUCAUGUCCAGAGUGUGCCUAGGAUGAUGCAAGACCCUGAGUGCCACCGUCUCCUUGUUGACGCCAUGAAUUACCAUCUGCUGCCAUACCAACAGAACAUCCUCCAGUCACGCAGAACAAAGGUACGCGGUGGCCUCAAGGUGAUACUCACAGUUGGUGGACGUCCUGCCUUGACAGAGAAAUCUCUCAGCAAAGAUGUUCUCUUCAGAGAUGCGGAUAACGUGUGGAAUAAGUUGACAGAAAUGCCAGCAAAGAGCUUUAAUCAGUGUGUGGCAGUCUUGGAUGGCUUCCUGUAUGUGGCAGGUGGUGAGGACCAGAAUGAUGCAAGGAACCAGGCUAAACAUGCUGUCAGCAACUUCUGCAGAUAUGACCCCCGCUUCAACACUUGGAUUCACUUGAGCAACAUGAUGCAGAGGCGCACCCACUUCAGCCUCAACACCUUCAACGGCCUCUUGUUUGCCGUCGGAGGGCGAAACACCGAUGGUGUUCAGGCCUCCGUGGAGUGUUAUGUGCCUUCCUCCAACCAAUGGCAGAUGAAAGCUCCUAUGGAGGUGCCCCGCUGCUGUCACGCCAGCUCCGUCAUCGAUGGCAAGAUCCUUGUAUCUGGAGGUUACAUCAACAACGCCUAUUCCAGGGCCGUGUGCUCGUAUGACCCCUCUACUGACACCUGGCAGGAUAAGAGCAGCCUCAGCACACCUCGAGGCUGGCACUGCGCUGCCACCGUGGGAGACCGAGCCUACGUCAUCGGUGGCAGUCAGCUGGGAGGUCGUGGGGAGAGGGUGGACGUGCUCGCCGUCGAAUCUUACAACCCUCACAAUGGGCAGUGGAGCUACUGCACGCCUCUUCACACAGGAGUGAGCACGGCUGGUAUUUCCAUUUUGAACAACAAGGUCUAUCUCCUUGGAGGCUGGAAUGAGGGCGAGAAGAAGUACAAGAAAUGCAUUCAGGUUUAUAACCCUGACCUCAAUGAAUGGACUGAGGAUGAUGAAUUGCCGGAAGCUACCGUCGGCAUUUCAUGCUGUGUCGUCACCAUACCCACACGGAAAACACGAGAGUCCAGAGCCAGUUCAGUUUCAUCUGCACCAGUCAGUAUAUAAGGGUUUAAAUGAUAAGAAUGAUGUAGUUUACAUGUCUGAAUGUCUCCAGCUUGUCUGUUGCAUAAAGCUUGGUUCUCAACUCUACCAAGAGUCCCUUUUUUGGGGCUAAGAUGAUAAGUUUAAAUGGUCAUCAACUUUCUUUAGAUGAACAAAAAUUAGUAUAAACAAAAAAAAAAAAAAAUAAAUAAAUUUGGGAACACAUUCUUAUAAAAUUAGUUUUUAAAAAAAAAUGAAUAAACUCCAAGCAUCUGAAGCAAAUUUAAGCCAGUGCUGGCAAUGAGAAUUCAGAAACUUUAAAUUUUAUUUUCAGUAUUUAUAGUUUAAUAAUUAGUAUAUUUUGCAUCAUUAAGGUCAGAUAAUGUUUAUUACAGAGACAAACCGUGCAUAGCGAUAUAUGUCAAUUUUAUAAUUCUUAGACAGAAAUUUCAUUUUGGGGCCAAUUCAGUUGGGAUAAUUUCAUUAGCCCUUUUCUAUAGCAAAUACAAUGUUAUAUGAAAGGUAUAAAAACACAAAAUCAGUGUUGACAUUAAUCUCUAACAUAACUGCCUUUUUUUACCCAGUACCAUGGAAAUAAUAAUACUGGAUUUAGGACAGUCCCGUUCAUGGUGACUACAGCUACUGUGAUUCUCAGAUACUUGAACAGAAUAAUGAAUGUCAGAAAGCUGGAGCUGGAAUAAGUGUUGGCAUCACCUACCAGGAGUAGGUGCUUGUGAUUAGUGUUUCGACACGGCACACAGUAAGACUGCAGUUUCUCUACAUGCGUCUAAUGUACUGUAUUCAGCAGUCUUUUGUCAUAUGUUGUGUGAUCAUCACAAACACCACUGGUGCGAGGAAACAGAUUCUGUUGGGAAAACGUUGGAAUGAUAAGGGUUGAUUGGGCUUGGAUGUGACAGUAAUAAACUAUUUUGUAAAAAAAAAAAAAAGAAAAAUGACUUGUGAAUGACAUCAGCCUGAGCUUUCCUGGAAGUCCGUACUCAUGAAUUCCCUGACUGCUCAUGUCUUUUCAUUUUUUGUUUGUUUUUAAUUUAAAUUUUAAAUUAAAGAGAUGAAGUGUAAGUUA